AUGGCCUUCACCAACUCGGCUCUCUUUGCUUCUUCUCUCACUCUCCAUCGAUCCAAAAUUUCCGAUUCCGAAUUUGCCCUUCCGCCUCACCUCUCUCCAUAUGAGCCUUCCAAGCUCCUCCCAUUUCCUACCAUGUGCUCUCAACAUGCUGACACUUUCUCCAGAAAAAUGAUCACUGUGCGUGCGUCUACCAAUGGUCUGAAUGCAGUUGGGUCAACCUCGUUGAAGUCUGAUCAAGAUGGUGAUUAUGUUCCAAUGCCAGUUGUUAUGAUCGAUCAAGAUUCAGAUUCUGAUGCAACUAUUGUGCAACUCAGCUUUGGUGAUCGCCUUGGAGCUCUCAUUGAUACGAUCAAUGCAUUGAAAGAUUUGGGAUUGGAUGUGGUAAAGGGAACUGUUACCACUGAGGGACCAGUCAAACAAACAAAAUUUUAUAUAACGUGGUUAGACACUGGGCGCAAAGUUGAAGAUCCUGAUACGUUAGAGAGAAUUCGACUUACCAUCAUCAACAAUCUUUUGAAGUAUCAUCCGGAAUCUAGUCAGCUACUAGCAAUGGGUGAAGCAUUUGGAAUAAAAGGUCCAGAGAAGAAGCUUGAUGUUGAUAUAGCAACUCAUAUACAUGUGAAGGAAGAUGGGCCUAAGAGGAGCUUGCUUUACAUUGAGACAGCAGAUCGACCUGGGUUGCUAGUAGAAAUCAUCAAAAUCAUUGCUGAUGUUAAUAUCGAUGUGGAAUCAGCUGAGAUUGAUACAGAAGGCUUGGUAGCCAAAGAUACAUUUCAUGUCAGCUACAGAGGGGCAGCGUUAAACAGUUCCUUGUCUCAGGUGUUGGUGAACUGUCUACGUUACUACAUCCGGAGGCCAGAAACGGAUAUAGAUAGUUACUAA